AUGCCACCAAAGGGCAAACAACGCGCUCUUGCGGCCACCAAACCCACAGCCAAAUCCAUCCCCUCACCCUUCACCCCGGCGCCCUCUGAGCUCUCCACCCUCCUCUCCACCUUCGAUCCUUCGGCCGUCUACCUAAUUCACACCGAUGUCCUACCUGCAGCACACAAAAAGAGCAUCUUCAUCGUGCCCGUCAUACUCAACCUUUUCUUUAGCCUCGUUUUGCCAUGGCGCGCAUACUUUGCUAUCCCAUACUACUGGGCCCUUAUCCUGUCUUUCCUCGGGAAUCCCAACGAGACAACCAUAUACUACGAUAGAACACCCUGGGGCGCGCUGGUAGGGAAAGUGAUGAAGCGGAUGUUGGUGUUCUUGGCCGACUUCAUGCUCUUCCGCAUUGUUGCUCCGUGGCCGUGGACAUUCUUCGCGGAGAGCCCGGGUAACCCUGCGUCCUGGCGCUGGAACGUUGGCUUCCGCGACGAGGAAAUUUAUGUGAGACAGAGUAGGGGCUGGGGCGCUGCAGAUCUGUUGGGAGCAGCGGAGGGCGCGUCGGGGAAAGCUGGCGAGGACAGUCCAUUUUUCAAGACGAGGAUCCUACCAGCGGUGGACAAGGAGAGGCUGAGGCAGAAGACGGGCUAUCUGUUGAUGGACGCAAACUUUGAUCUAGACUUUUAUGGGAUGAUAGCUGCGACGCAAUUGGUUGAUCGCAAGGACAUGACCAUGGACUAUUUGAAGAAGAGCGUGUUUGUCUGCAUUUGCGACAAGAAGGGCGAGGAAGGCCAAUGGGCCAUGUGGGAUUGCUCCAAACUGGAUCAGGGUUCGGAAACGGAGGCGAGGGACAAGGUCAUACUGUUCAAGGACAAGUUGACAGAGAUGGGCAAGGAGAGUCUGUUUUUCAAAUGGGUCGAGUUGAUUCAGUACGAGAGUAGUGCGCCUGGUGGGUUUACAGAGGAAAGGCAGAUUGCUGCGGCAGAGAAGGCCAAGAAGAUGUUCAAAGAUGAGGGUGUGGAUUUUGAGGAGUUUACCAAGGACAUUGGAGGCAUGGAGGGUAUGCCAGCGGCCCCCAAGACUGCCAAGAUAGCAGGUGCUGCAGAAUAA